UCGCAUCACUAGUUAUCUACAGCAAAGGUCAGCAGGGUCGUCGUGUUACCAAAUUAUCUUAUUUUAUUAUUUAUUAAAACUACUUUGAAAUAAACAUGUUUUCUCGUACUUUAAAACCUAUCGCUUCAGUGGCUGCACAGAAUGGUGUUAAAAACUUCAGCACUUCAUCCCAGAAAAACUUCAAAGUUGUGGUGGCUGGGGCUGCUGGUGGUAUCGGCCAGCCUUUGGGCUUGCUGUUGAAGCAGAAUGCCUUAGUAACACGAUUGGCCCUGUAUGACAUAGCACCGGUCACUCCUGGAGUCGCGGCAGACCUAUCCCACAUGGACACCCCAGCCAAGGUCUCGGGACACAAGGGCCCUGAGCAGUUGGACGACGCUAUCAAAGGCGCGGACCUGGUGGUGAUCCCGGCGGGCGUGCCGCGCAAGCCGGGCAUGACGCGCGACGACCUGUUCAACGUGAACGCGUCCAUCGUGCGCGACCUGGCCGUCAGCAUCGCCAAGAACGCGCCCAAGGCCGUCGUGGCCAUCAUCACCAACCCCGUCAACUCCAUGGUGCCCAUCGCCUCCGAAGUGCUCAAGUCUGCGGGCGUGUACGACCCCAAGCGCGUGCUGGGCGUGACGACGCUGGACGUGGUGCGCGCCGCCGCCUUCAUCGGCGAGAUCAACGGCGUGGACCCGCAGAGCGUGCGCAUCCCCGUCAUCGGCGGCCACUCCGGCGUCACCAUCAUCCCGCUGCUGAGCCAGAGCCAGCCCGCCGUGCAGCUCUCGGACCAGGCCAAGAUCGACGCGCUCACCAAGCGCAUCCAGGAGGCCGGCACCGAGGUGGUGAAGGCGAAGGCGGGCGGCGGCUCGGCCACGCUGUCCAUGGCGUACGCGGGCGCGCGGCUCGCCGGCGCCGUGCUGCGCGGACUCAAGGGCGAAUCCAACGUGGUGGAGUGCGCGUACAUCAAAUCGGACUUGACCGAAGCGGCGUACUUCGCGAACCCCGUGCUGCUCGGCAAGAACGGCGUGGAGAAGAACCUCGGCUACGGAAACCUCAACGACUACGAGAAGCAACUUCUGAAGGCGGCCAUCCCUGAACUGCUGAAGAACAUCAAAACCGGCGAAGACUUUGUAAAGAAGUAGACGACUGCCAAAAUUGGGGCGAAACCAGGGAAACCAAAUUGAGAUUGUAAUACCCAAAGUGCGUAGUUAUGGCAGUUUUAGACAAUUUUUUAUAGUUGUGACCAUUUAAAAGUAUUUUGAAACGUUUUCUGUAUAAUCAAGUGUUAAUAUAGCUACAUACAACUGUCUAUUAAAGUGUUAAUGACGUCACAAGAUUUAACAUCAUAUCAAUAUUGUGUCAUGUCAUGACCCCAUCCAUAUUGAUUUGUUGAUAAAUUAUUAUUUAUUUGAAACAAUUAUAUUGAGUAAAACAGAUCGGCAGCUUUGUUAUUUUUGAUUGCAUAACGUAAUGAAGUAUUACUGUGUAAACAAAUUAAUAACUUUUAAUUCCAUUGCGAAAACCAAUAUACUAUUUAUUUGCGUUACCUAAGUAUUACCAUCUUUUUUUUAUAUUACCAUGUUACAGUAUACAAUUUGCUUAAGUAUUUUCUUUAAAUAUAAGCUAAAAUCGUUAUCCUGGUCACUGCUCCAUAGAAUAAUGGUGUGAAUGUGGUGUAUCAAAAAGUUUUUUGUUAAGUUUACUUUGUUCGGAUUAUUUAUUGCAUUUUAUCGAAUAUUUAUUGCGUUCUCAGUUAUUUGUGAUAGAUAAAUGAGUAUUUGUUAAAAUGUAUGACCAUUUUAUGUACCUACAUCAUUCGCCACUGAAAGUGUUGAGCGUUGAUAAUAAAACUUAUUAUUAUU